GCGUGUACACACACUGACACACGAGACAGCCGCAUCCCCUCACUCCACCACCUCACCUGCUGCUGCAGCUCGCCAACCCUAAUCCCCCCAGCUCGGCGCACUAGCGCUCGCCCCACCCCACCCCACUGCACCGCGCUCGCGGCCGGCGGCAAGCGGGGCGGACUCGCGCACGCCGUCUCUCAGCUCCCGCCCCCGGCGGCGCGGCAACCAGGCGGAUGGCCCGGCGUUGAGGGGAAAGCCGGAUCGGCACGCUUCAGAUCCAGCGACGCCGAAGGGAACCGAGGGUUUUUAUCCUGUUUAUUUUGUGCGGGUGCUACUGCCUCCAAUGAUCCUGCGAGUUCCACUCUUAAACUUGUCCUGUGACUGAGGACCUUGUGUGCACAGUCUCAUGCGUGCAUUGACAUCUUCAGGUUGAAAAUGGAGCGGGGUUCCGGUUCUUGUUUUCAAGGUGUACUGUGUCAUUGGCUUGUAUUGGUAUUGAUAUGGCUCUGUGGCUGUCAGCAUGUUCUGUCUCAGCAAACAACACUUGAACCAAAAGAUAAAUUUCUUCUGUCUGACCCACCUAUUGGUCUCUUUGAUCCGAUAGAGAUCUCACCAUCUGUUCUCCCACACAAUACCAACCCUGUUGAGCCACUGUCACCAAUGUAUCCGAACUACACAUCCUAUGAUCCGGUUUUGACUGGAAAAUGUCAUGUAAACUUUUCCAAGCUCUCUUUUAUGAUGGACAAGACAGCGUCUGAUUGUUCUGUACCUUUAGCACCACUAGUUGCCGAUGUUAUAUGUUGUCCCCAAGUUAGUAGCUUAAUGAAUAUAUUCCAAGCUGCAUAUGGUGGUGGAAACAAUACGCUUGUUCUCAAUCAAGCUUCAGCAAAUGCUUGUUUCUCUGACAUCAUGAGCAUACUUGCAAGUAAAGGGGCAAACACCAACAUCCCUGAGUUGUGUACUCUGAGGCCAUCAAAUCUUACUGAUGCUUCUUGUCCCAUGAAGGAUAUUAGCUCGUUUGAGAGAAUGGUUAAUGUAAGCAAACUCCUGGAUGCAUGCAGCAGUGUUGACCCACUGAAAGAGUGUUGUAGGCCAGUUUGCCAACCUGCAAUAGUGGAGGCAGCGGUUCAUAUAUCCUCAGGAGGGGCAAGCAUGUUCGGAAGUUCUAGCAUACCUGGGAGUGCGGCUGGGAUUAAUGCUGUUAGUGACUGUAAAGGGGUGGUUCACUCCUACUUGUCUAUGAAACUUUCAUCAGAAGUGGCGAACACUGCUUUCAGAGUAUUAUCUGGCUGCAAGGUGAACAAAGUCUGUCCGCUGGAGUUUGAUGAUCCUUCUUCAGUCGUUAAGGCAUGUGGCAAGGCAUCUACAAGGCCUUCAUGCUGCGCAGCGUUGCAAUCUUACAUCGCAGCUAGACAGAAACAAAUAUUUGUCACAAACUUGCAAGCAAUUAACUGUGCAACAAUGUUCGGAUCAAUGCUACAGAAAGCUGGUGUGGGGAAUGAUAUUUACGGGCUGUGUGAUAUUGACCUGAAAGAUUUUAGCCUGCAAGCUUUUGGGCAGCAAGGUUGUCUACUUCGGAGCUUACCUACGGACAUUGUAUUUGACAACGUUACGGGCAUUAGCUUUACGUGUGAUUUGAGUGAUAAUAUUGCAGCACCAUGGCCGUCGUCAUCGUCUCUCCAGUCUUUGUCGCAAUGUGCUCCAGAAAUGUCAUUGCCUGCAUUACCGGUCGCGCCAUUAUCAGGAAGCUCAGCAGGUAUCUCCAGAACUGGAAUUGGGAUUCUGCUGCCUGUUGUGCUCCUCACCACGACCAUCUCCAUCUGAGAAAAGCACGCCAUGUCCCGAGCGAGGAGCAUCAUAAUUUUCCCCGCUGUGCAGGCCCUGCGUUGUAAAUUAUGUCGCAUUGCAUUCUUGUAAAUGAGCCUUUCCCUUCUCUGUCCCAUUUUGUCCAGCAGAUAGCAUUGUGAUGUGCUAGAGAGGACCGUUGCACCUUUUGAGGCAUUAUCUCUGGAAGUAAAAUCUCCUAGACUUUGGCUGGUCAAGUGGCAUGGAUUGCGAUUUGCGACAGUGGAUGACAUGAACCGAAUUGGUAUGGUUGUCGAUACUCA